AUGCCUUCUUCAUCCAAUGCUAACAAUUCUUCGGAUAUUUUGUCUGAAGUAAGGAAGCCUGCUCUCACCAAAUGUAUCGAUGAUGCGUACUCAUGUAUUCACCUAAAUGAAAUCAAAACAAGGCUUGAUACUUCCAUCCAGAAUCGUGAGGAGAAGAAAAUACGAAUCGAGGCAUCUAACUUGAUUCACAAAUAUGUUGUAGACAAAUUUAUUGAUGAUGAGAUCAAGGCGGCAAAACAAGAAGUAAAAUAUCUUGAAGACCUUCAUGGCAUGAUUAAAAUGAUAAAUAAGAAGUGUAAUGAGCUUAGUAAAUAG